AUGCGCCAUCAGACCAGAGGGGAAUUCAUUGACCGACCAUCUACGGCAAAGGGUAUUAUGCAGAACCUUCUUCUCUCUGCUUUGGCAUUCAGUGCUGCCGCUGAUGCCUAUGGCUCAGGAGCUGCUGGUUGGGACGCGGCCUACUCAAAGGCCCAAAAAGCCCUUAUGAAGCUAAAUGAGACCGAGAAAGUCGGCAUUGCCACUGGCGUCGGAUGGGAAGGAGGACCCUGCGUGGGUAACACCUAUCCCGCCGGCUCAAUUGGUUAUCCUUCCUUAUGUCUACAGGACUCACCAUUGGGAAUUCGCUUUGCCAAUCCUGUCACAGCCUUUCCCGCGGGUAUCAACGCCGGAGCAACGUGGGAUCGGAGUCUCUUGUACGCGCGCGGCGCUGCAAUGGGCAAGGAGGCUAAAGGUCUGGGCGUCCAUGUCCAGCUAGGACCAGUCGCUGGACCCCUAGGAAAGAAUCCCGAUGGUGGUAGGAACUGGGAAGGGUUUACGGUCGACCCGUAUCUCAGUGGAGUCGCCAUGGAAGAGACAAUCCAGGGUAUGCAAGAUUCGGGCGUUCAGGCCUGCGCCAAGCACUGGCUCGGGAACGAGCAAGAGCACAGCCGUGAAACAAUGAGUUCUAACAUCGGCGACCGCGCGACCCAUGAGCUGUAUGUAUGGCCGUUCAUGAACGCAGUCAAAGCCAAUGUCGCAUCUGUCAUGUGCUCCUAUAACAAACUGAACGAGACUUGGGCUUGCGAGAGUGACGCUCUCUUGAAUGAUCUGAUGAAAGAGGAGCUAGGUUUCCCCGGCUACAUUAUGUCAGACUGGAACGCGCAGCACACUGGCGUUAACAGCGCCUUAGCUGGACUCGACAUGACAAUGCCUGGCAGUGACUUCAGUACACCACCUGGCAGCAUAUUCUGGGGAUCAAAUCUCGUGCAGGCCGUUGCUAAUGGCUCUGUGUCUCAAGCGCGUCUAGAUGACAUGGCAACGCGUAUCCUGGCAGGUUGGUAUCUUCUCGAUCAGGAUAAAGGCUACCCGGAGGUGUCUUUCAGCUCUUGGAAUGGUGGUAAAGCCACUGUCGACGUUACGGCAGACCAUGCGACCGUCGUCCGCGCUGUUGCCCGUGACUCUGUUGUCCUAUUGAAGAAUGAGGAACACGUUCUGCCUCUCCGGCAGCCCAAGAGCCUGGCCAUCAUAGGUCAGGAUGCUAUUGUAAACCCCAAUGGUCCCAAUGCAUGCGCGGAUCACGGCUGCAACAAUGGCACGCUAGCUAUGGGGUGGGGUAGUGGUACAUCGCAGUUCCCUUACCUUGUUGGUCCUCUUGAUGCAAUCCAAGUUCAGGCCAAAAGGGACGGUACGAAAAUCAUCCAGAGUACGACCGACAGCACGACAGCUGCUGCAUCAGCUGCUGCAGUGGCGGAGACUGCCGUGGUGUUCAUUAACGCAGACAGUGGCGAAGGUUACAUUACAGUGGAGGGCAACGUUGGCGACAGAAACAAUCUCGAUCCCUGGCACAACGGAAACGAACUCGUCAAGUCUGUCGCAGCAGUGAACAAUAAUGUGGUCGUAGUCGUGCACAGCGUGGGGCCCAUUAUUCUGGAGACAAUCCUAGCGCAGCCCUCAGUAAAGGCAAUUGUAUGGGCCGGGCUACCGGGCCAGGAAAGCGGAAAUGCCCUGAUUGACGUGCUGUAUGGCAGCAUCUCUCCAAGCGGCAAACUCCCCUACACGAUCGCCAAGCAGUCUUCAGACUACGGUGCCGGCUGGACUAAUGCGCUAGACGACAAUUUCGUCGAAGACUUGUUCGUUGAUUACCGCCAUUUCGACAAGAACGGCAUUGCCCCGCGCUAUGAGUUUGGGUAUGGCUUGUCGUAUACGACCUUUAACUACGUUGGACUUGUGGUUAGCAUUUCUGCUCCACCUGGACCGUCAAAUGGACGCAUUAUUCCAGGCGGGCCGGAGGAAAUUUUCGACUCGGUCGGCACCAUCUCCGUCACCAUCCAGAAUACUGGCGCGGUAACUGGCGCUGAGGUUGCUCAGCUCUAUCUUGGUCUCCCAAACUCCGCCCCAAGCACCCCACCCAAGCAACUGCGAGGGUUCCAGAAGCUAAAUCUCCAACCAGGAGAGUCGGGGACAGCUACUUUCGAGCUCACUCGGCGUGACUUGAGUUAUUGGGAUGUGCAGACCCAGAAAUGGGUUGUGCCUCGUGGUACCUUCAGUGUCUAUGUUGGAGCCUCCAGUCGGGAUAUUCGCGAGGAUGGAAAGUUUACUGUCACUAACUAG